ACAACUAACAACACAUAGUCGUUCUCGUGCUUGUAACAGAAGCACGUGUUACCGCUUCAGUAAAGCAAUCAUUUGUUUAGUUUAAUCCAUUUAUAAGGUAUAUUAAUAAAAUUUUCAAGGUUUAAUUUUGCUCGCAAAAGCUAAAGACUAUUUGACUGUAAGUUUUUAGUGAAUCAAGCCGCAUUGGUUUAACAGUUUGCUGUACAGCAAAACUUGCACGUGGUCGGUGUAAUUUAGCCGGCAAGUCAUCAUUUCAAAAGAAAUCCUUUAAGACUAAGAAAUUUUUCAUCAUGGAAAUGUUAUCAGCUUACGAAGUAGCAAGACUUCAAAAUGCUACAAAAAAGACUCAACCAAUAUCGCAAACUAGUAAAUCCAAAAAAUUGAAAUUGAAAAAAAAACAACAAAAUGGUGUGAGCAAAGCCAAAAAUAAAUCUCCAAAAGAAAAUAAAGGUUUUGUGAUAGUCAAUACGAAAAUUUCUCCACAACAAAAUGCUAAAAAUAAAUCUGAUAACCAUGGUCAGUUACAAAAUAAUUCAAGUGAAACCAAUAAAAAAGUGCCCUUCCAACAACAAAACGGUGCACGCGAGCAGUCAAAAUGCAGUAAUGCUAUCACGAAAAAAACAGUGAAAAAUACUAAAAAUUUAACUAUCCAGCCGAAAAAAGUUGUUAAAAAGAAGAAAAAUACCAAAAAGCAAGAGGUCAAUAACAAAAAUCUAACUGAACUUCCUGCAGAACAUGGCAGUGAAUCAAUGUCAAUUGAAAGUGAUGAAGAAUACUUUGAAGAUCAUGUUAAUCCAAUCGAAGCUAGUGAGGAAGCCUUUAACUGGUUGGUGUAUCCCAUUAAACCAGAUACGUUUAUGAAAGAUAUUUGGGAGCAAAAGCCUCUUCAUGUGAGACGAAAUAAACCAAAAUAUUUUUCUCCAAUGAUGUCAACCCCAUUGUUGGAUCAACUUCUAAGGGACAAUUAUAUCAUGUAUUCCAAAAAUUUAGAUAUAACAUCUUACUCUGAUGGUAUCAGAGAAACUCAUAACCCACCUGGAAGAGCCUUACCAAGUGUUGUGUGGGACUAUUAUCUCAAUGGUUGUUCAGUACGCAUGUUGAAUCCUCAAACCUUUAUUCCUAUAGUGCAUAAAAUCAAUUCUGCAUUACAAGAGUAUUUUGGAUGUUUUGUUGGAGCCAAUUCCUAUUUAACUCCUCCCAAUAGUCAAGGGUUUGCUCCCCAUUAUGAUGACAUUGAGGCUUUUAUUUUACAAAUUGAAGGUAAAAAGAGAUGGAGAUUAUAUAAAUCAAGAAAUAAAAAAGAGUUGCAUCCUAGAUACUCUUCUCCAAAUUUUUCACAAGAAGAAUUAGGGGAACCAAUUUUCGAUGAUGUCAUUCAUGCUGGUGAUCUAUUGUACCUUCCAAGAGGUACCAUACAUCAAGGAGAUACUUUUGGAUCUGAUGAACAUAGUUUGCAUAUUACAUUAAGUGUUUAUCAAAAUAAUAGCUGGGCAGACUUUUUGGAAAAAUUGCUCCCAAAUGCAUUGAAAAAUGCCAUUGAAAAUGAACCAAAGUUUAGGCAAGGUUUACCAUUACACUAUUUAAAGCAUGUCGGAGAAGUUUAUAAAAAUAAAAAAAACGAUAAUAUGUUGAAAGAAUUUGUAGAUAAAACUAAAUCUUUGGUUCAAACUGUCUUUGAUAAAUAUUUAAAUGUUCAUGAGGCUGCUGAUCAGAUGGCCAAAAAUCACAUUCAUGAUUUCUUGCCACCAAUGCUAGAUGAAAGUGAAGCUAUUUGCACAGUUCAAGAAGGAGGAGAAAAGAUGAUUGAAAAUGGUGAAGUUGUCAAUAGAGUGGAAAUAGAGCCUGAUAACAUGGUAAGAUUAAUAAGACAUCAUUGCGCUAGAUUAGUCCAUGAAGAAGGAGUGCAUAAAUUAUAUUAUUCUUCUGAAAAUUCUAAAGAGUAUCAUGAAUAUGAUAUACAAUUUGUAGAAGUAGACGAAGAAUUUGUUCCUGCGAUUAAAAAACUUAUAACAGUGUAUCCACAAUUUAUUAAGGUAGAUCAUCUGCCUAUUAAAGAUAUUGUUAAAAAAGUUCAACUUGUAAGAGACUUAUGGGAAAAAAAUAUUGUAAUAACAGAGGUCCCUUUGCCAGCCUUAAUGGAUUAAGUUUUUAUUUAUAAAGAAUGAACUUGUUAAGACACUUUUUUUUAUGUAUAUAGUUAAGAUAAUGAAUAAAAAU